AAGACCGACUGCACGGCGUCACCGCCCUUGCUCUCUUAUAUAUACUGGUAAUAGCCUUCUCUUGUUCGCCCUGUGUCGCGUCUCCCCCUUUCCCAUAACCACAAAAAAGUGCCCAGCUACCAACCCCGUACCUAGGCUGUACGAUAGCUGCAUAUUGAAGGCGACGGGACAUGGAGCAGGCAGGGGAGCCGACUGGUGUCUCCACGACCGCAACCGUUGGUGUCCCGACGUCGACAUAUUUAAACGAGAAGACGCGGGAAAUUGCUUCAUUAUCAUUACCUGGAGCCUCUUCGCUGAGCCAGUCUGAGAGGGAAGAGAUUAACAAGAGUCAACGUGGGUCGAUGGAUAGGAAAGAAGACGCAGAAGAGUCGGACGACGGGCAGGAGCAAACAGAUUUCGAACGGGUGGCCAGCAAGCAACCCAGUGUGAACAAUGUGUCGAGUAUACCGAACGGGGGACUUCGGGCAUGGCUGCAGGUACUGGGGGCUUUCUUUCUCUUCUUCAAUUCAUGGGGUAUCAUCAAUACAUUUGGAUCCUACCAAGCCUAUUACGAAACCUCGCUCCUCAAAGAUUCGUCACCGUCUUCCAUAUCAUGGAUCGGCAGCAUUCAAGCAUUCCUGCUCAUGAUGGUCGGAGCGCUUACAGGGCCCAUCUACGACGCCGGAUAUUUCCGUGCUCUCCUCAUCAGCGGCUCGGUGUUGGUAGUGUUUGGGCAGAUGAUGCUGAGCCUGUGUAAAAGCUACUGGCAGGUUCUGCUUGCCCAGGCAUUGUCAAUCGGCAUCGGCUGUGGUGCUCUGUUCGUUCCGAGCGUCGCAAUUCUCAACACAUAUUUCACAACCAAGAUUGCCACUGCCGUCGGCAUAGCCGCCAGCGGCAGCUCUUUGGGCGGCGUCAUCUACCCUAUCGUCUUCCACAAGCUUCUCCCACGGAUCGAGUUUCCUUGGACGGUUCGCACCAUCGGCUUUCUGAUUCUCGCGACUCAGCUCGUCCCAAUCAUGGUUAUGCGCGUACGGGUUCUUCCCGCAAAAUCGCGUUCCCUUCUUGAUCUCCGCGCAUUCCUCAUCCCUGCCUACUCGCUUGACGUCUUCGGCUUCUUCAUUGGCUUCAUCGGUCUAUACAUGCCCUUCUUUUACUCUCAAGUUUACGCCAUUCAAAAGGGCAUCACGGACGAGAAUCUUGCUUUCUACCUCCUAGCCAUCAUGAACAGCACCUCUGUAUUCGGUCGCAUUAUACCAAACUACGUCGCCGACAAGCUGGGCCCUUUCAAUGUUGUCAUCCCUUGUACUAUCAUCUCGGCCGUUCUCUGCUACUGCUUCAUUGUUGCAAAGAGCAGCGCCGCGCUCAUCGUCGUCAUUGCAUUCUACGGCUUCUUCAGUGGAACGUUCGUCUCCCUACCCCCGACUACCAUCAUGCAUCUUAGCCAGGAUGCUCGGUCCAAGAUUGGUACAAGGCUGGGUCAGAGCUUUGCAUGUGUUUCGGUUGGCAUUUUGAUCGGAACGCCGAUUGGUGGCGCCAUCCUGGACAAGAGCGGCUUCGCGAGCGUCUGGGCCUUUGGCGGAAGUCUGCUGGUUGGUUCGGCGGUGUUCCUGACGGCAGCGAGGGUGUGCUUCAAAGGGUCCUCUCUUACGGUCAAGGCCUGAGGUCGUGAUCUACGCUGGUAAGAGAGUUCCGCGCUGGCGCACAUGUGCAUUGUGGAUCCCCAGGGUUUUUCCCUCUUCUUAUCAUCGAGCAAUAGGGUAUUUUUGCGGCAUAGGCUAAGGGGGUUUCGGGUGGUACAAACAUGCGUUGUAGAGUUUUCGUCUUCCUGUACUUUGUCAAGCGAUUGGGUUCCUUGGUGGCAUAAGCAUCAUGGUUAGAUUUUAUCUCCCUCAAGUUCUAGCAUCUAUCACACGCACUUCUUUCUAGUUCUUGAUUAGACUUUGAAACGCUUCGGCGAAAACGAUUCCCAC